CACGAUUAUGCCAAAGCUCAAAGUUUUAAAUUUAUGUGCAAUGCAACAAUCGUCGUUACCGUCGUCACUUGAUCUUUUGACAAAUCUUCGAACAUUGUGUUUAGAUUAUAACAACAUUGAAAGUGUUGCUAUUAUUGGAAACCUAAAGAAGCUAGAAGUUCUUAGCUUGCAACAUUCACCUAUUAAGGAAUUGCCUACAGAAAUAGGUCAAUUGACUCAGCUAAAGUUGUUCAAUUUGAGCAAUUGUUGGAGGUUGGAAAUUAUUGCACCAAAUGUGAUAUCAAAUUUAUUGCAAUUGGAAGAAUUCCAUGUAGGCGGAUGCCCUAUUCAGUGGAAGGUUGAAGUACUUGAGGAAUUGAAGCUCUUGUCUCAACUGGCCAGUUUAGAAUUAGAUAUUAAAGAUAAGAAGAUGUUGCCUAAAGACUUCUUUUCCAAAGAGCUUAAAAGGUACAAAAUAUCAAUAGGAGAUUGGUCAUCCCACUAUAUAACCUAUGAUGAAGAUGAGGUUUUGAGGAUGUUCGAAUUGAAAUUUAAUUCUACCAUUUCCUUAGAAGAAUUACAAGGAAUCAAGAAUGUUGAACUCUUACGCUUAGCCGAAUUUUUAGAUGUUGAGAAUAGUUUUAAUGAGUUCGCAACUCUCAUGCCACUUCUUAACAAAAAGGUUAUUUUCACCAAUUUGACGACCUUGGAAUUGAACAAUAUUGGUUCUGUAAAGAUUUGGGAUACCCAAUUUCCAGCACCUAUGUCUUCCUCCUAUCAGAAUUUGACACGAUUUAUCUUGAAGAGUUGUGGAAAAAUAAAAUAUGUGUUUCCAUCUUCCAUUGCCAAAAGCCUCCAGACUCUACAACACCUUGAGAUAAUGGAUUGUGAGGUUUUAGAGGAGAUUGUUUCGGAAGAAGAAGGAACAAAAGCUGCUAUUAAUUUUGCUUUUCCACAAGUUUCCUAUUUGAAGCUUAUGAAUUUACCAAAACUUGUAGCUUUCUAUCUUGGAAUACACAUCAAUUUGGAGGACAAAUUUGUCACUCUCAUGCCACUUCUUAACGAAAAGGUUAUUUUCACCAAUUUGACAACCUUGGAAUUGAACAAUAUUAGUUCUAGAAAGAUUUGGGAUACCCAAUUUCCAGCGCCUAUGUCUUCCUCCUAUCAGAAUUUGACACGCUUUGUCUUGAAGAGUUGUGGAAAAAUUAAAUAUGUGUUUCCAUCUUCCAUUGCCAAAAGCCUCCAAACUCUGCAACACCUUGAGAUAAUGGAUUGUGAGGUUUUAGAGGAGAUUGUUGCGGAAGAAGAAAGAACAAAAGCUGCUAAUAAUUUUGCCUUUCCGCAGGUUAUCUAUUUGAAGCUUGUGAAUUUACCAAAACUUACAGUUUUCUAUCCUGGAAUGGAUAUUUUGGAAUUGCCGAUCUUAAAAAGGUUGGAGGUGAGGAAAUGUGAAAAAUUCACUUCAAAAUAUCUAAGCUUCCAUGAAAACUCACUUCAUAUUUCAGAGCCGAAAUCCUCUUGGUUGGCCAAUAAGAUCAAUAGCGAUUUGGAGGUAUUUGAAUUAACGAAUGGUAGGAAGACGAUUAUAUGGCAGAGUCAAUCUAAAGUUCUUAAAAUCUCUGAGUAUAAGUCAACAGAUAUUCCACUUGGACUUCUUCAAAGAUUUGAAAACCUGAAUGAGCUCAAACUAGAAGGCAAUGAAUACAAAGAGUUAUUCUUUCCAAAUCUUGAAGUUCUAAAUUUAAGCUUUUGUUAUAGAUUGAUGGGUCUAUUGCCAUCCUUAUCUUCUUUCCAGAAUCUUAAAGUUCUAAGAGUUUACUGUUACAAUGGGUUGAUGAAGUUAAUAACACCUUCAACAGUUAGAAGUUUGGUGCAGUUGAGAGAAAUGAGCGUACGUGAUUGUGGAAUGUUGACAGAAAUAAUAGAAAAUGAGGGAGAAAGAGAUGCAACAACAAGUACUGAAAUUGUUUUUGAUAAUUUAAAGACGUUGUCCCUCAUAAACUUAGAAAGUCUCAUAUGCUUUUGCUAUGGGAAUUACUCUUUCAAUUUCCCAUACUUGGAAAAGUUAAUUAUAAGAGAAUGCCCCAAUAUGAAGACUUUCUCUCAAGGAAUCUUAAGCACACCAAAGUUACACAAAAUUGAUUAUGAGGACGAGGAGAAGGAUUUAGAGAAGGGGUGGAGUGACCUUAAUACAACCAUACAACAAGCACACAAAAAAUAGGUUGACUCCAAUUUGAAGGAAUUGACAUUAUGUGGAAGGGACGCCAUGUCGUUUUGGGAAGGAGAGUUUCAAGAGAACUUUGACAAAGUAAAAACUCUUCAAUUGAUUAAGGAUGAGUAUGCAAAUAUUCCAAUUCAAAUCCUUCACAAGUUUAAUAGUCUUGAAAA